AUGCCCGGCACCGGCACCGGGACCGGGAGCGCUGCCGCGGCGCCGGCCCGCUCGCUCCGGGUGCCCCGUCCCGACCCCGCUACCGGCCGCGGCCGCGCAGGGGGCGCGCCCCGCGCCGCGCGCCAUGCCGCGCGUUACCGCGCGCCCGGCCGCCCGCCCGCCCGCGGCGCGCCCCCAUUGGCCGCCGCAACAAAGAGGGGCGGGGCCUGCGGGGCGGGGCGGGCCGCCGCUGGCGGAGACGCGCCGGGAGGCGCCCCCUGCCGGACGGCUCGAGACGCCACAGCCGGGCGGCGCACUGCGAGCGCUUUCGCCCUCAGCCGAACCGAACCGAGCCGAACCCAGCCCAGCCCAGCGCAAUCCAACCCAGCCGAACCCAGCAGAGCCGAGCCCGGCCCCUCCGGGCCGAGGCGAUCCCCUCAAGCCGAACCCAGCCUCAGUUGGUGGUGGACGCCGGAGGAUGGAACUCCUGGCGGGAGAGAUCCCGGUUGCGUUGUUCCCGGCAGAGCUGGCAGAUCCCUGCUGAGCGCUCCGCUUUACUGUGGCGGUGAGCUGCCGGCCCGAAGGCGAAGCGCUGCCGAGAGGGGCGCGGGCGCUUGUGAGGGCGGGCAGGGGCGCGCCAGGCCCUGGCACAGAGCUGGCCCUGCUGCCCUCCAGCGCCCGCUGUGCCCUGGUGGCUCUGGCCACCCUCGGACGGCAUCUAUCAGCAUUUCACAUCUAACGCAACAAUACCAGCAUCUCCUUGAGCCAGGAGUGACCCUCCAUCGGAUACAGACAGUCUGGAAAGCGUUGCCCCCGUCCGCUGCCCUUGCGCGCAGACACUGCCGCCACUGCUCUGCCCUGCUCCCCGACAGGAAUACAGCUCUGCCGUGCCCUAAUCAGCUUCCCGAAGGCUCCCAGCAGCCAGGAGUGUGUGGUGAGCUGCUAAUCACUCACCGCAGGAGCCCAUGUCUCUGAGCCAGCAGAGCAGCUGCAGUCCAAAUCUGUUAAUCCUACAGAGGUGCUUCAGCUUUGCAGAGGGCAGCAGAAAAACACAGGUCAAGAAAGUUUGCCUGCU